AACACCUACUAUAGAGCCAUACGGCAGGCAAAGCGGGAGUGCUGGGAAGCCUUUCUAGUAGGGCCUCUGGAAUCUAGGGACCGCCUAGGCCCAGAGGAUGCUACCCGAUGCUGGAAGGCCCUUUGGUAUACCACCCCGAAAGCUUCAAGUACGACCCCUACCCUCCGGGGCCCCCAGGGCCAGGUGGCGACCACUAUUACUGAGAAGGAGGCCCUAGUCCGGGAGGUGGCAUUCCCACCAGCCCCUAGAGGGAGCCCUCAAGAAGACCUUCCCUGUGGGAAGAUUCACACUCAGGUUAAGGAAGAGACAGUACGGCGUGCCUUAUUUAGCCAGGCAAUCCAGAAAGCCCCGGGGAUAGACAGGCUAAACUUCCGAGCUCUACGGCUCCUAUGGAGCUGGGACAGCCCCCGGAUAGUGGCAUUGGCUAGGCAAUGCUUUCGCCUAGGGGUUCAUCCCCAGGCAUGGAAAGUGGCAAAGGGGAUCCUGCUCCGGAAACCCAAUAAGCCUGACUAUACCCUAGUCAAAGCAUAUAGGGUGAUCAGCCUGCUCAACUGCCUGGGGAAGGUUAUAGAAAAGAUAGCGGCAGAGGCCAUAUCCGACUAUUGUGAAACCAUGGGGGUCCUACAUCCUGGCCAAAUGGGGAGCCGCAGGCACCGGAGCGCCAUAGAUGCCGUGGCAUGCCUGAUCCAGGAGGUGCACCAGGGCUGGGGACAGAAGCAGCUUGCAGGGGCUCUUUUCAUGGAUGUAAAGGGAGCCUUUGACCAUGUGGACCCAGCCAAGCUAGUUAGAAGGAUGGGGGAGUUAGGGUUAGAUGGGGACCUGAUCCGCUGGGUACGAUCAUUCCUAGCUGACCGGAGGGUUCAGUUAGUAGUUGAUGGUCACCAGUGCCCAGAGCACCCCAUUAACUCCGGGGGUCCCCCCAAGGAUCCCCAGUAUCCCCCAUACUGUUUGUGA